AUGAAAUCCCAUCCCAGGUUUCAGCUUGGAAUCUUUGUGUUUCCUUCUUGGUUUUCUAGAGAAAAAGGGAAAAGGAAUAGCAGUUGUAAACACACAUCUUCCCGUUUAUCCAGCUUAUUCAGACAAUCAGGUUUCACAACUGAACGCUUGAAUGGUGGGUGUCCUCAAAUGCAGCAGCUUCAGCAAUGCAGGGGCAUACGAGUGAAAGUCUUCAAUGGGAACUUGGAAGGGGCGUUAGCGGUGAUGCAGCGCAAGAUGCAAUCAAGUGGAAUCGAAAGGAUGAUAAAGCAAGAACAGAGAUUCCAUAUGAAAAACUCUGAGAAGCGAGUUUUAGCCCGAAAGAACUUGGAGCGGAAGAUUCGAUCUGAGGACCUAGCUAAGAAACUUAAGGCCAUUAUGAUAAAAAAAAUCAGGGGUUUAUGAGAAUGUUGCACUGCUUUUCCCCAAAAAAUGGUUGGUGUAAGUUGCAGUUAUUUUGCAAGGUGGCUAUUGCAGUUGGCCCGCUGUUUGAAUUCAAAUAGUGUAUUAGGUUCAUAUGUAUUUUGGUAACUGUGAUUUUGGGUACCAGAUUCAUUGUUUAAAUCUAAUAAGCCAUAUAGAAAGUAAACAUUUUAUGCUGAGUGUGACAAUGGUCAUUUUGUGUGGUCAAGUCAAGAAUCUGGGUGAACAUAUAUACUGAAUUUUCGUAGUUGU